AUGUCUAGACGCCUAAACAAUAUCCUCGAACACAUCUCGAUCCAGGGAAAUGAUGGUGAGACUGUGCGUGCCGUUAAGCGUGAUGUUGCAAUGGCAGCGCUGACCAACCAAUUCACAAUGAGUGUCGAGUCUAUGCGACAGAUCAUGACAUACCUCCUGUACGAGAUGGUGGAGGGUCUUGAGGGUCGUGAAAGCACCGUCCGCAUGUUACCAUCUUAUGUAUACAAGGCGGACCCUAAGCGUGCUACUGGCGUCUUCUACGCACUUGACCUCGGUGGUACCAACUUCCGUGUGCUGCGCGUUGCAUGCAAGGAGGGUGCCGUGGUGGAUUCCUCUACUUCUGCAUUCAAGAUUCCCAAAUAUGCCCUUGAGGGUAACGCCACCGAUCUGUUUGGCUUCAUUGCAUCCAAUGUGAAGAAAACCAUGGAAACUCGUGCACCUGAGGACCUCAAUCGCACAGUUCCUCUUGGGUUUACCUUCAGUUUCCCCGUGGAGCAGACGAAGGUUAACCGUGGUGUGCUUAUCCGGUGGACGAAGGGCUUCAGCACGAAAGGCGUUCAAGGAAAUGAUGUGAUUGCCCUUCUUCAGGCUGCUUUUGGGCGAGUGAGCUUGAAGGUGAAUGUUGUGGCGUUGUGCAACGACACUGUUGGAACAUUAAUUUCGCAUUACUUUAAGGACCCUGAGGUACAGGUUGGUGUGAUUAUCGGCACUGGUUCCAAUGCGUGCUACUUUGAGACGGCGUCUGCUGUGACGAAGGACCCUGCCGUUGCUGCUCGUGGGUCAGCACUUACUCCCAUCAAUAUGGAAAGCGGCAACUUUGACUCCAAGUACCGGUUUGUCCUCCCUACGACGAAGUUCGACUUGGAUAUUGACGAUGCGUCGUUGAACAAAGGUCAACAGGCGCUGGAGAAGAUGAUAUCCGGCAUGUACCUCGGCGAAAUCGCCCGCCGCGUUAUUGUGCACCUGUCGUCUAUUAACUGCCUUCCUGCGGCACUGCAGACUGCUUUGGGCAACCGGGGGUCGUUUGAGUCCCGAUUUGCCGGGAUGAUCAGUGCUGACCGUAUGCCCGGACUUCAGUUCACUCGCAGCACGAUCCAGAAGGUGUGUGGUGUUGACGUGCAGUCAAUUGAAGACCUUCGCAUCAUUCGCGAUGUGUGCCGCCUUGUCCGUGGGAGGGCUGCGCAACUCUCUGCUUCCUUCUGCUGCGCUCCACUGGUUAAGACUCAAACACAGGGCCGUGCAACUAUUGCAAUUGACGGCUCCGUGUUUGAGAAGAUUCCGUCAUUCCGCCGCGUCUUGCAGGACAACAUCAACCGUAUCCUUGGCCCUGAGUGCGAUGUCAGGGCCGUUCUCGCAAAGGAUGGCAGUGGAAUUGGUGCUGCAUUUAUUUCCGCAAUGGUGGUGAACGACAAGUAA